AUGGCGUCGUCGUUCAUGUCGCAGGUGCUUCUGCGCGUGCUGCGCGCGUACAUCCGCGAUGCCGACGGCGCGGCGGCGUCCGACCUCAGCGUGUCGCUUUCGGGCGGCUCCCUCACUCUCAGAAACUUCGAGCUCAACCUGCCAGUCCCCCCUCACGUGCGCGUGGCGGUGCGGCGCGCGUGGGUGGGCGAGCUGCGGGUGAGCAUCCCGUGGGCCGCGCUGGGCUCGCACCCCGUGGCCGUGGCGCUGCAUGGCGUGCGCGUGCACGUGGAGGCAACGGGGGGAGGGGGGGUUGGAGGGCAGGGGACGGAGGGGAAGGAGAGGGUGUGGAGUGGAGGGAAUUGCGGUGGCAAGGGGGGCGAGGAGGGUGCAAGGGAAAGUGGGGGGGGCGCUGGGGGGCAGCAGGGGAUGGGGCCAAAAGAGGGUGAGCGGGGCGGUGGUGGGGGCGAGAGGGGGGGCGAUGGAGCAGGGAAGGAGGAGGAGGGCGGUGGUGGUGGGAGCGACACGGACUCAGAGUCGUCGCAGGGAAGCAGCAGCAGUGGGGCGGGGCAUGCGAGGGAGGAGCUGGCGGAGCUGCUGGCGCUAGGGGGGCUGCGGGCGUUCCUGCAGCACACCGUGCUGAACGCCAGUGUGACUGUAACGGACGUGCUCCUGCAGUACUCCACGCCGUCUGCUGUGCUGUCUCUGCGCUGCGAUAAGCUCCUCCUCCACUCCACUGCACCUGACUGGACCCCUGCCUUUGUGGUGCGCGCUGCUCCCACCCUCCUGCUGUGCUGCUUCUCCUAUCCAUUCAUGCCCAUCUUUCACUCGCACAGCAUCGUGCUGCACCCCUCCCCCUCCAAGCGCCCCUGUGCCCUCGUCGCCUUGCCUGCAACGCACGCGCAUUCAACUCUCCUCACAUCCUUCCCAGCCACCAGAGGAAGGCGUGAGGAAGUGCCGCUCCUCUCCGCUGUGUCCCUCACUUCUCGCAUCGCCAUCACCCCGCCCUGUGUUGCUCUUGCCGUGCCCCAGCGCGCCUGCCUCUCCCUGCGCCUGCUGCCCCUCGCCCUCUCCGCCUCGCCCUCCCACCUCGCUGCUCUGCUCAGCGCCGCACACUCAUGCCGGCACGCAUGGGGGAGAGGCGCUGGGGCACAGGGAGUCGGGGGGGCGGAGGGAGCGGGGGAAGCAGUUGGAGGGGGCGUGGAAGAGAAGGGGAGUGGAACGGAGGAGGGAGGCGGGCAUGGCAAGGGCAGAGGUGACAGCGGGGAUGCGAUGGGUUGGACAAGAGAAGCAGCUGAGAAGCUUCUGGUAUCAGCAAGUGAGGAGGGAGAAAAGGCAGCAAAGGAGAGGGCGGGUGGAAUGAUGGAUGGGCUGCAGCAAGAAGGGCAGCAGGGGGGGCAGCAGGGGGGGCAGCAGGGGGGGCAGCAGGGGGGGCAGCAAGGGGGGCAGCAGGGGGGGCAGCAGGGGGGGCAGCAGGGGGGGCAGCAGGGGGGGCAGCAGGGGGGGCAGCAGGGGGGGCAGCAGGAGGGGCAGCAGGGGGGGCAGCAGGGGUCCCAGCAGCAGGGGCAGCAGGAGGGGCAGCAGGGGGGGCAGCAGGGGGGGCAGCAGGGGGGGCAGCAGGGGGGGCAGCAGGGGGGGCAGCAGGAGGGGCAGCAGGAGGGGCAGCAGGGGUGGCAGCAGGGGUCCCAGCAGCAGGGGCAGCAGGGGGGGCAGCAGGGGGGGCAGCAGGGGGGGCAGCAGGGGGGCCAGCAGAAGCGGGGAUUGUUUCACAGCAUGGGGCGCGCGAUUGGGUGGGUGCAGCAGCUGUUUGAGGAUGAGGAGGACGAUGAGGCGAGCAGCGGCGGCGCUGCCGUGGCAGCCACGGGGCAAAGUGCGUUGUCAGUGCGAGCUGCUGCUGCUGCUGCUGCAGCAGCGGGUGGUGGCUUGGAGAGUGAGGAGAUCUGGGAGUGGGCCACGGGGUACGAGGCAGGUGUGCACUUUGACUUGGCAGCCACUGAUUGGUCCGUGGCUGCGCUGCUAGAGGGCGCUGAGCUGUCUCUUGUGAGCAGUGCGGGCGACCGCAUGGAUGGCAGUGGGGGCGCAUCCGUGUGCUGUGAGGGCCAUGCCGCCGGCCUCACUGCACACGAAUGCCACGGAGCACCUGCACCUCCAAGCCUUGACCUGGGCCUUGCCGGCCCAGCCUGCUAUCCGAAGCUGGAGUGCAGGCUCGGGGCCGUGCUGGUGGAGGCGGAGGGGCGGGGCCGGGCGGUGCAGGCAGCGAGUGUGAAGGUGGGGCCCGUGGCAGUGGCUGUGGCAGUUCCAGGGAGCAGCGCUUCAGGUGUCUCUUCAGGUGCCGAUACACAUGUUCCUUCUGGUGGCUCGGAUCCCGCAGCAGUAAUACCGUCUUCUCUCCGUCCUCUUCUCCGCCUGCACACGCGGCAGCAGGCAGGCGAGGCAGGGGCAACAGCAGUGGGGGGCCGAGGGGAGGGCGCGGUGGGGUCGUAUGGGAGCCUGCAGGCGCCGCUGCUGCACUCCCUCGCCCCCCUGGGUGCCGUGCUGCCCGCACACACAGCAGCAGGGGGAGAGCAACACACGGGUGCUUGCGGGGCGCGAAGACAAGGGGCAGCAGGGGGGAGUGCGAGUCGGGGAGGGAAGGAAGAUGAGGAGGGAGAGAGUGUGGGUGAGUGUGAGGAGGGGUGGAGUGUGGAGGGAGUGUGGUGGCGUGGGGUGCGAGUGGCAGAGGCGUUUGAAUCCUCGCAGGCUGCUGGGCCGUUGGGGCUCACUGCUGACGUCAGCCUCUCGCUACACGUGGGGCUCGUGGCAGUCUCCUACUGGCCGGGCAUGGCCAGCACUGUGCUGGGGUGGUGGCAGGACGUGCAGGCAUGCCGUGGUGGUGGAGGUGGGGAAGUGGGAGGGGCUGUGAGAGGGGACGGGUGGCUUACACAAGAGGAGCCCAGAGCCCCACUGCCUCUCGCCCCCACUCCCUCGUCCCCAGGCAGCGGUGGUGGAUGGUUGGGGUGGGUGGCGCGGGUGAGCAGCGCCGAGGUGGGAGGGGACGGGGUGACUGUGCGCAUGGCUGGCAGCAGUAGCGGGGGAAGCUGCGGCUUGGAGCAGAAGCUGCAGAGGGGGGCCGAGGGUGAGGGUGAGGGCGAGGGUGUGAGUGUGAGCACGGGGCGAGUGGCGGUGUGGAAGAGGCCAGCGAGAUGGGUGGGGGACGAUGGCAGGGCGUGUGAGGGAAGCAGGGCGCGGGUGACAGUGACGCUGCAGGCACACAUGCACUCUCUGGACAACGCCCAGGUACCUCCCUCCUUUCCUCCCCCCCUCAGUCUGGACUCUCCCCGCCUGUCCUCCCCUCACCUUGCCUGGUCUGGCAUCCCCCCCAUGCCUGACCUCCCUGCGCGCCCCUCUGCCAUCCGCCCAUGGCAGCUGUGCCCCGCCACGCUGCUCCACCCGGCCUCUCUCCGCGUCGACUGCACGUGGUCCACUGCUGCUGCUGCUGCCGCCUCGUCACCUCAAGCACCAGCCGCGCCACAACGGCUGGCAGCAGCAGCACCGCCAGCUGGAUCAUUUGUGCGGCCUGAAUUGGCUGCUGGUGGAACGCGUAGCAGUGGGGGUGGGGAAGGGAUUGAGGGCGGGUUUGCUGUGAUGGGGGAGGGGGGCAUGAAGCAUGGGGCGAGGGGGGGAAGCGAGGGUACGGUGGAAGCCAGCCUGGAUGCCGUCUCUCUGCAUGUCUCCCGCCCACAGGCCGCCUCUCUGCUGGCCAUGGCUGCUGCUGCGCUCAGAGAUGUGAGCUGCAGUGCACGUGGUGUUGGUGCCGCCACGGCAUCAGUAGCAGAACCACCAGGCAGCACGGCAGGGUCAACUGCAACAGCACAGGCUGCAGCAGCCGUGCCAGCAGCCAUGCCAGCAAGCAAGCUGCGGGGCGUGGCUAAGCACGCACGCGUCCUGGAGGCAGCAGCUGAGGUGAUGUCAAUGUGGAGCCACAUGCCAUCCUUAUCCUCAUCACCACCAGCAGCGCCACAGCCCUCAACUGACUCCCCGUGGUGCUGGCAGCACGUGCAGCAGCAGGUGGGGGCGUUCUGCCAUGUGCGGGCGUGCAGUGUGGUGCUGGCAGGGGGAUGGCGCAGCGGCCGCUCUCAGCCCGCCAGCCCCACACUGCGAGAGGCGUGGCUGCAGCAGGCGGUGCUGCGAGGGCAGGCGCAUGGAGGGCACACGUGGGUGAAGCUGUCCGUUGAGUCUCUAUCGGUGGAGGCACUGCAUGCACUCAGGUGUGGGUGGAGGCACUGCAUGCACUCAGGUGUGGGUGGAGGCACUGCAUGCACUCAGGUGUGGGUGGAGGCACUGCAUGCACUCAGGUGUGGGUGGAGGCACUGCAUGCACUCAGGUGUGGGUGGAGGCACUGCAUGCACUCAGGUGUGGGUGGAGGCACUGCAUGCACUCAGGUGUGGGUGGAGGCACUGCAUGCACUCAGGUGUGGGUGUGUGUGCUGCCAUGACACGACCUCUAAAUCUCCUCCGCUGUGUCCACUGUGUGUUGGUCCGCCACUCCGAUGUCACCACCUACAUUGUACCCGGUGCUUCUCAUCCUAUUUGCGUCUCUCCCAUCCCCCACCCAUCCCUCACAUCCCCACCCGCUCCGCCCUGCCGCGCUCCGCCCAGCCUCUCCCUACAGCCGUCGCCCCCCGCCUCAGCAGCCCUAUCGGCGUCCUUCCCCUCAUCCAUCGGCACACGCCCCCCCAUGCGCCCUGCCAUGUUGCCACCCUCCAUUCAAGCCGCUGCGGCGCAGCACGCCCACCCAGGCACCAGCGCUGCUGCAAGUGGUGCUGACGUCACGCUGCACUUGGGUGACGUCAUGCUGGUGGUGUGGGCGGAUCCUCUUGUGCACUUACACGGGCUAAUGGCUGCUGGCAGUGUGGUGAGAGCCCAGGAGAUCGAGGUGGAGAGCGGUGGAGACAGGUGGGAUGGAGAAGGCCGAGGAGCAGGGGCGAGUGGGGAGAGGGGAGCAGACAGAAGAGGUGGAGGGGGAGAGGAGGGAGGAGGGAAGGGAAAGCUGGCAGGUGGGGGAAUGGGGGCAGUAGCACAGAUCAUGGGUGGGGUGGGAUGGGUGCAGGCAGCUGUGCAGCGGGGCAGUGUGAGCAUUGUGGCAGGCCCCUUGAGGGGCGCCAGGGGCCACAGCAGUGGCAGCGCACACAAUGGGGGGGGUUGCAGUGGGGGUGAAGGGGGAGGUGUUGGGGCGAGGGGAAAGGGCGUAGAGGGGCAUGGUGUGUGGGUGGCAGUGGGGCGGGCAGGCAUGAGAGGGCUGUCACUAUGUGUGAAUGAGGGGCGGGGUGGGAGCGGUGCACGGGAGGCGGCGGCACAGAGGGGUGAGCAGGGUGGGGAAGAGCCCCCUGUGGUGUGCGUGCAGCGCGUGUGGGUGGACCUGGGCACGGCGUGCCUGCCCUGCUCACCUGCCCCCACGCCCCUUGCCACGCUAGAGGAGAGCCACGGCGCUGCAGGGAGCACACAGACGGACACGUGGCUGCGUGCGAUUGGCUCAGAAACCCUGGCUGCACUGGUGCAGGUGGAGGGAGUGACGGUGGGGGGUUUGGGAAAGGCAGGGCCGUGCGAGCAGGUGGGGCAGGAAGAAGGAAGGCAGCAGCAGCGAUGUCAGCAUGAUCACGGGCAGCAGUGUCAGUGCAGUGAGCACACUGGAGGGCCAUGCAAUGAGAAUCGGCCUCUUGACCUGCUGGUGGAGCGGGUGGGCGUCACUGUCUCGCGCCACCAGGUCGACACCCUGCUGCUGCUGCGCCGCCACCUCACCACCGCCCUGCUGCCUCUGCUGCGCCCACCUGCCACCACUGCUGCUGUCACCCAGCAAGGCAGGCAGGGCAGGCAGGGCAGCACAGAGAGGGGCAGCAGCAGCAGCAGCAGCAGCAGCAGCAGGUGCGUCAACGGUGCCAGCGGUGCAGUGACACGUGUCAGCAUGCGAGUGGUGGAGUGCACAGCAGCCGUGCCCCUAUGGGCGGCAGCCAGCCCCCCGGCAGUCAGCAGCGCCUUCCAUGGCGCCCACUCGGCCCACCGUGCCUCCUCGCACCUCCACGCCACCAUCUCCCACUGCUGUCUCUCUGCCUCCAUAGCCCCCCUCCUGCCGUCCACAGGCAAUGCGCGCCCUGGUUGUUCCUCUGGUGCAGCAGCAGCACCACCGGUGGUGCAUGGCAGCGUGGGGCGAGUGGCAGUGGAGGCGGUGAGGCAGGGCAGGCGCCAGGCAGGAGCACCCGGGGCCACGGGGCUUGCACCCGCAGGGGCGGCUGAGCAGCGCUUCACUCUGCUCGCCCUGCCGCACGCUGCCCUUUCACCGUCUUCCUCACGCGCCCCUCACCACCGUGCCCACACUCCCCCUCCUCACUACUCCCCUGCAGCAGCACACCCGCCUGGCAUGCCACCCCACCAGCACUCAGAGCCCAGCUGCCCUGCUCACCCUGCCACCCCCCCUGCUGCUGCAGGCGCCCCUGCAGGCAUGGCGUGGAGAGUGGUGGAGGAGGAGAGGCCGUGUGGUGGGGGCACAGGGGGAACGGGACGCAGGGCGCAGGGUGGGGUAGGGGAGGGAGAGGGAGAGCAGAGGGGGGGGUGGUGGGUGGAGGUGGAGGCACAGCCACUGAUGGUGGCGGCGGACGCUCGCCUCGUGCACGAGGUCAUCGCCACGCUGUACGACGUCCUCCCGCGCCUGCGCGCCCCCCCGCCACCACCACAGCAAUCGUCUGCGCAGCACACAGGGAGAGACGCUGCUGCCUGCUCUGCCACCCACCAUCCGGCAUGCAUGCCCAACGAACACGGCUCACGCACACCACAGAAGCAGGCAGCCCCUAGGAAGGGAGAGGGCAGUGCCGCACCACCCAAAGGGUCUCUACCAGUGUCCCGGCUGUGGGGCGUGAAGGUGGCGAGUGGAGGCGCUCUCAUCUCGCUGCUCUCAGCCUUGGAAGCCUUCCAAGCAUCCCAAGGCUGUGAAGGGUCACCCACCCCUGACACUGACACUCCCCGCGCUCACAAGCCGUGCCCAUCCUCCCCACCGCCCGCCUGUGUGUCGUCCCCCUCAGCGCUGUCCCGCCUGCCGCGCCUCUCCAUCUCCUCCCACUUGGUCGCUCACGAUGACCUCGAACCCCACCCACCGUGGCAGGGGGGCGCGCAGCAGCAGCAGGGCGAGCAGCAGCCGGGCGAGCAGCAGGGGGAGCAGAAGGAGAGGGAGGGUGUGGCAGGGGGAGCAGGCGUGUCAGUGGAGUUGGAGAGCUGCACGCUCACUCUCUCCCUCGUGCCCUCACUGCAUGACAUCCGCCGGUUCGCAGGCACCCACGAUGCCUCUUGCCCGGGCCGCAUCAUCCUCCCCCCCACACCACCCACCACCCACUCCUCCUCACACCCCCCUUCGCACCGCCCCCCGCCGCCCUUCCUCAUCCCCGCCAUCGAGCUCCAGUCGGCCCACACGGCCAUGCGCCUGCGCAGCACGGACCUACUCUCCAGCCCCACGCUGCUCUCACACGCCCACUCCACCGCACUGCACAUCACAGCCCUGGGCACCCCCUUCCCCCUGCGCCUCACCAUACACACCGACUUCGCCUCGCCCCGCCUCUGCCCCAAGGUGCUGCUGCCGCUGAUCCGCCUCGCCAGGUCCCUGCGGGAUGCGUGGGCGGCAGCGAGGUCCGUGCGGGUGGCGCAUGAGGUGCAGGCGAGCAUCGAGGUGCAGGGUGCGCCGAGUGACGACCUGCGCAGUGGGGCGUUUGAGUGCAGCAGGGGGGAGGGGAGGGUGCAAGGGGGGGUGGCGGGGUGGGAGGAGGUGGGGGCGGGGCAGGUGGCGUGGGGGGAGGGCGUGGCCAGCAGAGACAGGCCGCUAAGCAACAGCUGCUUUGGGGGAGGCUGGAUCGCAUGGCGGUAUGUUCAGGGCAUGGCAUCUGCGUGGCAUGGCAUGUGCGUGGCAUGGCAUGUGCGUGGCAUGGCAUGUGCGUGGCAUGGCAUGUGCGUGGCAUGGCAUGUGCGUGGCAUGGCAUGUGCGUGGCAUGGCAUGUGCGUGGCAUGGCAUGUGCGUGGCAUGGCAUGUGCGUGGCAUGGCAUGUGCGUGGCAUGGCAUGUGCGUGGCAUGGCAUGUGCGUGGCAUGGCAUGUGCGUGGCAUGGCAUGUGCGUGGCAUGGCAUGUGCGUGGCAUGGCAUGUGCGUGGCAUGGCAUGUGCGUGGCAUGGCAUGUGCGUGGCAUGGCAUGUGCGUGGCAUGGCAUGUGCGUGGCAUGGCAUGGCAUGUGCGUGGCAUGGCAUGUGCGUGGCAUGGCAUGUGCGUGGCAUGGCAUGUGCGUGGCAUGGCAUGUGCGUGGCAUGGCAUGUGCGUGGCAUGGCAUGUGCGUGGCAUGGCAUGUGCGUGGCAUGGCAUGUGCGUGGCAUGGCAUGUGCGUGGCAUGGCAUGUGCGUGGCAUGGCAUGUGCGUGGCAUGGCAUGUGCGUGGCAUGGCAUGUGCGUGGCAUGGCAUGUGCGUGGCAUGGCAUGUGCGUGGCAUGUGCGUGCAUGGCAUGUGCGUGGCAUGGCAUGUGCGUGGCAUGGCAUGUGCGUGGCAUGGCAUGUGCGUGGCAUGGCAUGUGCGUGGCAUGGCAUGUGCGUGGCAUGGCAUGUGCGUGGCAUGGCAUGUGCGUGGCAUGGCAUGUGCGUGGCAUGGCAUGUGCGUGGCAUGGCAUGUGCGUGGCAUGGCAUGUGCGUGGCAUGGCAUGUGCGUGGCAUGGCAUGUGCGUGGCAUGGCAUGUGCGUGGCAUGGCAUGUGCGUGGCAUGGCAUGUGCGUGGCAUGGCAUGUGCGUGGCAUGGCAUGUGCGUGGCAUGGCAUGUGCGUGGCAUGGCAUGUGCGUGGCAUGGCAUGUGCGUGGCAUGGCAUGUGCGUGGCAUGGCAUGUGCGUGGCAUGGCAUGUGCGUGGCAUGGCAUGUGCGUGGCAUGGCAUGUGCGUGGCAUGGCAUGUGCGUGGCAUGGCAUGUGCGUGGCAUGGCAUGUGCGUGGCAUGGCAUGUGCGUGGCAUGGCAUGUGCGUGGCAUGGCAUGUGCGUGGCAUGGCAUGUGCGUGGCAUGGCAUGUGCGUGGCAUGGCAUGUGCGUGGCAUGGCAUGUGCGUGGCAUGGCAUGUGCGUGGCAUGGCAUGUGCGUGGCAUGGCAUGUGCGUGGCAUGGCAUGUGCGUGGCAUGGCAUGUGCGUGGCAUGGCAUGUGCGUGGCAUGGCAUGUGCGUGGCAUGGCAUGUGCGUGGCAUGGCAUGUGCGUGGCAUGGCAUGUGCGUGGCAUGGCAUGUGCGUGGCAUGGCAUGUGCGUGGCAUGGCAUGUGCGUGGCAUGGCAUGUGCCUACCCCUACCCGCGUGCAGUGCACCAACUGGUCAUCACGGCACCUCUCCUUGCCGGUCCCCUCGCCUGGCGGCUGCCCCCCAUGGCGCUGCGCCUCACCCGCUUCCACCCCGCCCACCGCACCUUCCACGACGCCCUGCCCCCCGUGCUCUGCCCGCCCUCCCCCUCGCCCUGCGCUCUGCAUGCUGCCCACGCCACCUGCCCCGCGUGCCCCCCGUGCCGCCCCAUCAUGCUGGAGCCGGAGCAGGAGGAGGGGGAGGGCCAGGGCGAGGCGGAGCUGUGGCUGCUCUCGUGGUUCGUGCCGCUCAACCCCGCUGACGUCAUGCACCCCUCCGCACCCGCAGGUCACCACCCCGCUCACGCUGCCAUGCAUGCACCCACCCGACCCGCAGCUGAUGCCGCCUCCUCUGUGCCUUUGUGUGCCCCCUCUGCCUCCCUCACCGGAGCAAUCUCUCUGCUCUCCACCGUGUACGGCUCGCCCGCUGCUGCCACCAUCACUGCCGCCGCCACUGCUGCUGCCGCCUCAGCCCACGCCCCUGCCACGCAGGGCAUGCCGCGCGCCUUCCCCGCCCUGCCCGCGGGUCCCAUGCUAAACGCCCCCCUGGACACGCACGUGCUGCCCGCCUCACUGCUGCUCGCCCGUCUGCUCAUCAACCCCACCAGCGCCGGCCCGCACACACGCCCACGCCUGCCCUCACCGCCCCUCGUGCCAUUCCUGCGUAUUGGGUUCGGCGGGCGGCUGGUGGUGGUGCGCGUGGUGGAGGAUGUGGAUGCGGGCGAGGGGCAGAUGAGGGAGGCGGUGGUGGUGGGCGGGGAGGGCGUGCGCGUGUGCGUGCACCUGUGGAGCACGCGCAUGUGGGCGCUGCACGCUGCUGCCACCGUGUGCGCCGAUGCCGUUGAUGCCAGCGACCUCUCUCAGGUUGGUGGGGAGGGGUGCACGAGGGGCAUACAGCCAGUGCUGGAGCCGCUCCCCCUGCGCGCCGCACUCAACGUGCUGUGGAAGCCCUUCUGGUCGCCCGCUCUGCUCUCCCGCCACCACCGCCACCCCCCCCGCUCCUCCCUCUUCUCCCCUCCCCACCCCGCCUCACCCCUUCGCCAGCCCUCCUCUCCCCCUCACGCCCACUCCUCCCACUCUUCCCACUCCUCCCCCUCCCCGCCCUCCUCGCCCCGUGCCCCGUGUGGGCCGCGCGACCCCUUGGACGUGCACGCGCCACCGUGCUCGCUGGGCAUGGCGGUGGCCGUGCAGGCGGGGGGGCAUGCAUGGGACAGCUCAAGGGCGGGUGGGCGAGGCCAGGCUGGACGCGGUGGCAGGGGCUCCAACACAGGCGGCAGUGGCAGCAACGGGGGCAGCAGUGGCAGCAAGGGGGGUAGUAGUGGGGGUGGGGGCGAGGGGGGCGAGGAGCAUGGGGCGACGGUGCAUGUGAGGGCGGCGUCCCUGAGAGCGCUGCAGCGCCUGCUGCUCGCAUGGACGGGGCAAGGGAGCCAGACAGGCACCGGGCAGGGCGAGGUGGGCGGAGGUGAGAGGGGGUUGGGGGAAGCAGAGAAGAGGAGAGAGAAAAGGGGUGAGGUUGAGCAGGAGGAGAUGAAGGGAGAUGGGAGAGUGCAAGAGAGUGAGGAGAAGGGGUUGGCUUUGGGGACGAGUGAGGUGGAUGAGGGUGGUGCAGCAGAGGCGGGUGAAGGGGCGGCGGAGGAAAGCCCAAGAGGAAUGCCAUCACAGGCGCCGUCCUCUCCCCCGCUCCUCACAUCCCCAUCCCCCCCUCUGUUCGGGUACACUGUGGAGAACAGAUGCCCCGUGUUGCUCCACCUGGGCCAGCACGCCACACAAGAGGCCAUCCCCCUGCCGCCCGGCUGCUCACUAGGCUACAGCUGGUGCCGCCCACCCUCGCUUGUGCCGGGCGCCGUGUGCCAGCUGCGUGCGCGCGUCAGCCAAUGGGAGGGAAAGGGGCGGGGAGAUGGAAUUGAGGGGCGGGGAGAUGGGGCACAAGGGGCAGAGAGGAGUGAUGAAAAGUGUGUGGGGGGAGGGAAAGAAGGAAAAGGGUGGGAGGGGGUGAGCAUUGGAGGCGAUAGAUGGAGUGCGCAGCAUGCAUGUGGAGCAGCUGAAAAGGAUGACAUGGCACAUGGUGAUUGGUCGGCGCCAUUUGAGGUGGACACAGGGGGGCGGCACUCGUUCCUGCUCGCUGUUCCUGUGCUCCCAGACCGCCGCCUCACUGCCUCCAUUUUAGUCACCAUCACUCCCAAUCGUGGCUGCUUGGCGCACGUGCUCUUCACACCGAAUGUGCUUAUAUUGAAUCAGACGGGCCAGGGAUUGACAGUGGAGAUGCAGGGCCCCGUGCUGCCAGUGGGGGGCAGCAGCAGCAGAGGGGAGGGCGAAGCAUGCAGAUUGCAGUUGGAGGGGCGUAGAAAGGGUGGCAGGGGGCAUGUGAGGCACGUGUUGGUGGCAGAGAGGAGGCGCGGUGGCAGGGGGGGCAUGGGAGGGGAUGAGCCGGUGAAUGGGGGCAAGGAGUCAGAGGGCGUGGAGGUGAGGGGAGCCAAGGGAGGGGAGACGGAGGCAGCAGAGGAGAGGGAGGAGUCGUUGCCUCGGAGGGGCACGGGCGCUGGCAGGGCAGCUGUGGUGGUGCGUGUGUGGCUGGCAAGGGAGGCGCGCUGGUCCGCCCCCCUUGCUGUUGCGCCCGGCUGCCUUGGCCUGCCCUCUGCGAGCCACCCAGGGAAGGGGCUGGGGGGGACAACGGGCAGGAAAGGCGGGGGAGAUAUGGCGGCAGCAGAUUGUGAAAGAGCGGUAGCAGUGGUGGAUGGCAGUGAUGGUUGCUCGCUCACCUUCCUGCUCACCACUGAUGCCUGUGUUCCCGUCUCAGGCCCGCCCUUCCCCCCGCCGCCACACGGGCGAGAGAGUGUGUGGGUGCGCCUCAUGCUGCCCUCCUCCAUCCUCCCCCUCCCAGCUCCCCCUUCCUCCUCCUCACUCCCCACCGCGCCCCCCAGCAGUGCGCCUGACCCCUUGCGCCGCUGGCACGGUCCCCUGUGUGUGGAGCUCUGGCCUGCCACCCUCCUCUGCAACGCCCUGCCGCUGCCCCUGCGCGCACGCCUUCUGCCCCUGCAGGGCGCGUCCACCACGAAAUGUAGCGAGGACGGACACGAGAGGUUGAAGGAAGGGAACUGUCAAGAGGAGCAGCAGCAGGAGCAGCAGCAGGAGCGGGACAGAGGGGUGGCGGAGGUGGCAGUGGGGACGGCAGAGGAGGUGGCUGUGGGCGGUGGCAUGUGGGGAGAGUGUGCUUUGGAGGUUGCACUGCCCUGCACUCCCCCCACCACUGCUGCAGCACACACGCCAACCAGCCAUGGCACCAGUGGCAGCUGGACUGCUGCUGCCUCGCUCCACCCACACGCACAUCCCUGUGCUGAAGCCUCCCUGUGGAGCGCGCCCCUUGCGCUCUCCCUUGCUGCCCCCGACCAGCAAGCAGCCACUGUCUCUGCCAGCUGCCGGGGUGACAUAACUGACUGGUCUGCAGGCAAUGCUGAUGUGUCGCGGUGGGAUUCGCCGAUUCCAGCUGUAGGGAAGCGGCAUGCCAUGUGGCUUCCACAGGCGGAUAGCGAGGUGAGCAUCCACCAGUUGCUGCUUCUCACCGCACUGCACUGCAUUGCACCGCACCGCACAGCAUCGUUAGCACCAUCACACACGCGUCUUCCGCUGGGAUCAGUAAGCCGUUUUGUGUUUCUCUCAUUCCGUCUCUUCUCUCUUUCCCGUGCGCGGUCCCCUGCCCCUCUGUCAAAGCAGAGUCUCCUCUGUGUGCUGGCAGCAUCACACUAUCGCCCCUCUCACCACCCAUGUGCUCACGCUGCUGCCGCCGCUGCCCUGCCAGGCGAUGCGCCCCUGCCACCGCCCGUGCCAGCGCUGCUGCUCUCAGUGCACCCCGUGGCAGUGCUGCACAACCACCUGCCCUUCCCCCUCGCCCUCGCCCUGCACGACGCCCCCUGCCCCGACCUCGUCAUCCCGCCCUCCCACUCCCGCCCCUUCGCCUGGCCCUCUCUCUCCCACGCCCUCCUCUCCCCCUCCCUCUCCUCUACGCCAACUGCAUUCUCCCCUGGUUCCUCUGCUGCCGCCUCCUCUCGUUCCACCCCCACUACUGCAUCUGGCCCGGGUGCCAACCCUAGGAGGCAGGCUCGGGGGUGGUCAGUGCGGCUUGGGGUGCCUGGAGGGUUGGAGGCAUCCAUGGGUAGCGGUGGGGGGAUGGGGGGCGGAGGUGGGGGGGAGGGGGAACCACGAGGAUGGGCGUGGUCGUCUACCGUGCUGGUGCGGGGGGAGGGGGACGCAGAGGGGGGGAGGUCAGGGGGUGGGGGCAGCAGUGAGCGGGUGUCCAUCGUGACGCUCAGCUCUCACGGCCCCUCGCACCUGCACUGCCUGCUCUCCGUCUCCCACGUCCCCCUCCCAUCAUCCCAUCCGCCUUCUGCUCCCACCCCCACGUCUCCCUCUCAGCCUGUCUGCCCUCUCCCCUCACACACCACGCACCUCUCUGUGCUGCCCGCCGCCCUGCUCUCCAACCUCACGCCCUUCCCCCUCCACUUCCUCCUAGAUGAUCCCCCCCCUGCCCCUCCCCAUCCCCUGCGCCCAUCCUCGCUGCACCACACCCCUCCCGCCCUGCCUGCCUCCGCUGGUCUGUGUCCCCCCAGUGCUACUUGCCUGCCCCUCACGCUCUUCCCCUGGCGACCCCUCCUCUCCUCUUCGCCCUCUCUGCCUGACUCCUCUGCCUCCAGCAGCAGCAGCAGCAGUGGCAGCAGUGAGAGUGACAGUGAGAGGGACGGAGAGGGAAGCGAUGGUGACAUUGGUGGUGGUGGUGUUGCAUCGAAGCAGCGGCAGAAGCAGAAGCAGAGUAGGAGGAGGGGGAAGGCAGGAGGCGAAGGGGUAAGAGGAGGUGGCGGGGAGGACGGGUGGGAUAGGCGGCUGGCAGCGCUGGGAGGAGUGCGCCUGGGCAUGGCGGCACGUGCAUGUGCUGCUGAGGCAAGAGAGCAAGGGGGAGCAGCAGCAGCAGCAGCAGCAGCAGUGUGUGGCAGUGAGCAGCGCUACCAGCACAACCAGCACCUACAUGACGAAUCUUCUCUGCCUGCUCGCCCCUCCCAUUCAUGCCCGCUGCUCUGGUCGCCGCCCGUGCCUCUCUCCCGCUUCGCAGUCUCGCAGCGCCUGCUCCUCCCCGACCCCUCUGGCACCUGCCAUGCCGCCCUCCUCACCGCCUCCCUCCUGCCCUCCGCCGGCCAAUCAGAGGGCGCCACGUGGCAGCCGCACCUAGUGGUGCACGUGGAUGCACAGCCGCCGUGGCGCAUUGAGAACGAGACAGGUGUGUGUGUGGACGUGAGGGGGGCGGCCGAUGAGGCAGACGCCUUUGUAGCGCGAGUGGGGGCGGGGCGGUCACUUGCCUUCCAUGCUGCCGCCCUGCCUCUCCCCACCCCCUCUUCCUCUGCUGCCUCUGCUGCUAGUGCCGCUGCCGACAGUGGCGGUGCUGCGGAUGCAAGGCGCAAUGAUGCGAGUGGCAGUGGGGGCAGCGAGGGAGGGCGUGAGGGGAGUGAGUGGAUGCAGGCGGGGGUGGUGGGGGGAAUGGCCAUCAAGAAGCGCAAGUGGCAUGGCCGCUCACAGCACCACCGCAAGCACACACAUGCUCAUACGCGUCCACUGAUACCCGGUGCAUUGAACCUGGACGAGGAGACGGACGAUGCCCUCAUGGCGCACAUUCAGCGCAUCUCAGGCGAUGGGCGCAUAACACAAAAGAGCACAGGCGGGCGAGCAGCAACAGGGGGCAUCUGUGUGCGGGCAGAGGGGGCGCAGGAGUGGAGCGAGCCCAUCUCAGUGGGGCGAGGGCGGGGGGAAAGGGAGGGCGAGGGCGAGGGGGAGCUGCUGCUGCACGUGCCGUGUGGCGGCAGCAGCGGGGUGGUGGAGGGCGGGGGGAACUGGCUGCUGCUGCACGUGUGUGUGUGGAGGGAGGGCGCCACCGCUGUGUGCCGCAUCGCCCAUGCCGCCUCUCGCCCUUCCAGCCCCUUCGCUCUGUCCCUGCCUGGCCGCCCCAUGCCCCCUGCCAUGGUUCCUCUGCCCCCUGCUGCUCUGCAUGUGGGUCUGCAGCGAGAGCUCAGUGGCGCCAAGGACAUGCGGCAUGACUCACCGCAGCAGCUGCAGCAGGGUGCAUUUGCUCCCAGCCACUUGCAAGCUGCACACCCCACUUCACGAACAUAUUCCCCAUCUCGCCCAUUCCACUCGCCCUCCUCCCCACCUUCCCUUGCAUCCCCCAAUUCCCCCGCCUCCCCGUCCACCCCUCUCACCCCCCCCACGCCCCACCCCACCACCUACCUCCUCCUGCGCUCGCACACACUCUCCCUCGCCCUGCCUUCACUCCACCUCGUCCUCUGGGACGACCUGCGCUGCCCUCCCUCCUCGCCCCACCUGCCUGGGAACAAGACAAACGAUGCCAGUCCGAGAGACAAUGAUGAGAGUGACAAUAAUGAGAGUGACAGUAAUGCGAGUGACAGUCUGUUCCGUGAUGCGUCAGCCAUCUGCCUCGUGUCCCUCUCCUCCCUGCACGCCUCGCUCUCCCUCCUCCCGCCUCGCUCCCUCACGCUGCUCGGUAUUGGGGCUCACAGCGGAGCACCAAGUCACAGCAUGCCACGUGGCAUGCACACACAUCCCUUACCACCAGCGCCAGCAGCGGUGGGCAUGGUGUAUGCGGUGCAGUGCGGUGUGGGGUCGGUGCAGGUGCACAACCUGUUGCCUGGCGCCCUCCUCCCUCUCCUCCUCAACAUCCGCCCUUCCUCUCCCACCACUGGCUCAGCUGCUGGUGGGAAGGGUGAGGCGGGACGUACAGGGAACAAGGAGGGAGGAGGGGGUAGACAAGUGGAAGGCGAAGGAGAGGAGCACAAGGCAGCAGCAGGGCAUAGAAAUGAGAGGGGGGAGGAAGGGCAGGCAGCAGUGCAGGUGGAAAUCGUGAUGUCACAACACCCGUCGCAGCGUUUGACAGGCGGGUGGAGUAUGGGCGAUGAGAGGGUGCAGAGCAACCAGGGAAUGGAGCGGGUGUGCUACGUGACGGGUGUGGAGGCGGUGCAUGUGAGCGUGGGUCACGUGGAUGCAUGCGCUGAUGACUGCCUGCUCUUCGCCCUCACCCACUACGCACCCAUCGCCAUCGCCUUCAUGCAGGGCAGCAGCCAAUCAGACGGUGCCGCAUGGACGACGCAUAUGCAGGGAUCAGAUAGUGAAAGCCGAUCAGGAUUGCAAGCCAGCACACAAGGUUCCACGGCCACGCACCCUGUCGUGCCCUCCGCGCUGCCCUCAUCAGACGCGGCUCUCAUCCGCCUGCUCGCCCUGCACCGCCUCCUCUCCACCCCGCCCCCCCGCCUCCCUGACAUCGCCCUUGCCACCACUCCCUCUCUCUACCUCGGCCGCUUCCGCAUUUCCCCCCUCACUCUCUCCCUCACUCUCCGCAUCUCCUCCCCUCUCCCUCUCGACACCACCGCCACACCACUCUCACUCUCACCGCUCCACCUCCCACCUCUCCUGUCCCCACGCGCUGCCCUCGCGCGUGUGGUGCUGGCGCACUACAUAACGGAGGGGCUGCUGUGUGUGCCGCGCGUCAUCGCCUCGCACCACCUGCUGCUCAACCCGCUGGGCCUGCUGCACAGCGUGCGCGCCGCCUGCCGCGACCUGCUGCUGCUGCCCGUGCAGGGCUCGCUGCACGCAGGGCCGCACGGGCUGCUGCUGGGCGUGGGGCGCGGCGGGCUGGCAGCGUGGCGCCACGUGUCGCAGUGGACCGUGGCGUCGCUCUCCGGCUUCUCCUCCAGUGUCGGCCGGCUCGUCAGGCAGGCUUAUCUUGGAGAACGGGGAGGUGGAAGCAGAGGCUUGGUAGGGGAGGGGGGGCAUAGAAGCGGCAGUGGUGGUGCACAUGGGAACAGAAGAAGUGCGGCUGGUGGUCGUGGUAACCAGCGUGUGACAGUUGGCGGUGGUGCUGCUGCUGCUAUGGGCAGCAGUGGCGGAGGAAGAGGCGGUGGGGGGGUGCAUGGCGGUAUGGGGCUGUCUGUGGGGCACCACCGCGUGCGACUGACACUCUCACUCGCGCACAGGCCUCGCCUUCCCCACCACUACCGCCACUCCCAUCGCCACUCGCUGCAUGAGCGGGAGCACCAGCCAGAAAGCACAUAUGAAGGCACAGGCAGGUGGGGCCACAGCAAGAGUGAUGGCGGGGAGGAGAGGCGGCAGAACGGGCAGGCUGCAGCGCAGCAUGCGACGGGGACGGGGUCCACGGGGCCUCGUUCUGUUGGCGGUGCAACAGGGGCACAUGGCGCAGAGGCAGAGGGGAGAGCAGCGCCACUUGCUACUGAGGGCAGGGGGGCCCAUGGUGGCGUGCCUGCCACCUGCACUGGGGGCAGCAGGGAUGGCAGUGCUUCUCAUAGGGAGGGUCCAGGCAGAGAGGAUGACGGGUGGCAGGUGUCGCUGGUGUGGCAGGUGCAGCAGAGGGGCGUGCGCUGUGCUGCCAGCCGCUUCAUGCCUCCUCUGUGGCCACCGCGCCCCCAAGCAUUCUACCUCACGCAUGUGGACGCCAGCACGGCAGUCAUCACCACCACCAGCACGGACAUCCCGCCUCUGCUGCUCCGUCGCCCACUGCUCCUCCUCACUGCCACCCACCUCCUCGCCGUUGACCAAUCAGGGCUCGGCAUGGCCGCAUGCCUCCCGCUGUGUGGGCUGGAAGUGAGCGUGGAGAGAGGGGAGGAAGGGGGAGGGGAGGAACUGGAAAGGGGAGGGGGGAAGGGAGAGGUGGAGGAGGGAGGUAUUGCUGAGGAGGGCGAGGGAGAAUGGUCGCUGACAUGCUUUUGUGGCAGGGGUGGUCGGCUGUGUGGCAGUGUGAGUGAUUGGUGGCACACACUGCCACACCACCCCACCCAGAGAAAGCCCACUGGCACUCUGGAUGAUAGCAGGAGUGAGAGGCGAGGGCGUGACGAGGGCAGUAGCAUGGCAGAGGGUGUGAUGGGUGGGAGAGGGGGAGGCGGGGAGGCAGACGCUGUGAGAACAGCGGAGGUGCAAGGGGGAGGGGAGCACGCAGACUUGACGAUAGGCCUUCAGGUGUACUGCCAGGUGGGAGAGGCAGCACACAUCCAGCUCGUGCCUCUGCUGCUCAGACAGGUGGCUCGCUCUGCUGCCCGUUGA